AUGGAACAGUCUAGUGAAAAUUCAAGACGUUCCCCAAAGAAGAUGAAGAAUUAUUAUGAUUAUCUAAAAGAAAAGAAUCAAGCUUGGUUGCCGCUAACUAAAGGGACUGACAAUAUUUAUGAUCCAGCAAUCCAUACCUUUCAGAUGUCUAAUAGUGAGUGGGAUGAGUACAUAAAGGCUCAUCCAAAAGCAAAGACAUUGAGGAAUUCACCACUACCCUUUCCAAACUUGUACACAAAACUUUUUGAGGGUUCUACUGCAACAAGAAUUCAUAGUUGGAGUCCAAGUUGUACCUAUCGGCAACCUGGCGUCUCUUCUGUGUCUACUCCUAUAGAUAUAGAUACACUUGAUGGAGCCGAAGAUCUAUUUGGUGACAAAAAUAAUGAAGCUCCUAAAGAUUCUCCAUCCCAAUCUUCAGUCUCGGUUGAAAGGAAAGCUUCGGGAAAGAAGAGAAAAUUAUCAUCGUCUGAAUUGGAAAUUGAUGAGAAGAUGAGUAUUGCAUUGGAGUUAUUGAUUAAAAAAAGUAGUGGACUCGACGUCGAAGAAUGCAUGGACAAAUUACAAGGACUUGUGGAAAGAUCCAUUAUAAUACGACUCUUACUAUAA